GACUGUCCGCGGCGCCGCUCCGUCCUGCUACGCUUCUGCCUGCAGGGCCUGAAGAUGCUGGGACGCGACGGCGAGGCGCCGCUCAUGGCCCACGCCCUCAAGCGCCUCGCCUACAGCACCUGCCGGCCCGCCGACCGCCAGUUCGCCUUCCUGGCCCGCAACCCGCGGGGCGCCCGCGGCAGCUUCUUCUGCCACCUCUUCGUGGGCAGCCAGCCCGGCGAGGUCCAGGCGUUGCACUACCUCCUCUGCCGCUUCUUCCAGCUGGGGUACCUUCUCCUGCACCCCGAAGAACAGGACUGGUCCUCCUCCGGGGGCUCUGCCCAGCGCGAUUCCGGGGAGCUCCUGGGCGCCUCUCUGGACAGCCAGGUGGUCUGGGAGUCCCUCAACCCGGAGGAGGUCUCCCAGAACGUCAACGCUCUGGUUUCCUUCCGGAGGCUGCCCUGCCCCGCCGAAUUUGGGACCUCGGUCAGCGUGAGAGAGAGGCUGGACCUGGAGGAAAGCAGUAGUAGCAGCGUGGGCAGUGCCCGUCCUGGAAACCCAUACUGCUCCCCAAUUUUGGUGCGGAAGAAGGCCAUUCGCAGCAAGAUUCUCCGUUCCGGGGCCUACCGGGGUUGUACCUUUGAGGCGGGUUCUCAGCAGGGCGCCUGGGAAGGAUUUUCUUCCAGUUGCGAUGGCAAAGGGAGCCUCCUUCACCUGCCAGAAAACGAGAACGAUCUGAGGGAGAGCGUGUGGUCCUUCGCGGGCAUGAACAGAGAUGCCAGCCUGGCCCUGCUGAGGAACGACAUGCUGGGGGCUUUUCUUCUGUGGGCUGAGUCAGGAUCCAACCAUCAGUGGUGCCUGGCCGUGAAGACCCGCUGCGGUGUCGUUCCAUAUCAAAUUUACCGCAGCCAGCUGGGAAAGUACUCAGUUGAGCAUUUGAAUAUAGAAUUCCCCAGUAUGGAAGCCUUGUUAGACAAUUACUCCGAGGUUCGUGCAGGCCUGUUCUGCUCCUUGGGCGCAGGAAGAAUCAACCAUUGUUAUGAGGAGCAAGACGGCCUGGCCGAGGAUCUCUGGGGAGAAGAGCGAACUCGCCGGAAGUCUUCGUGGCUGUUUGGGGCCAGUCGGUCUCUGGCUGUGCAGCACGAGGGGGAGGGAUACUCCGCCGGGUCCUUCUCUUAGUAUUCCUGCCAUCCGAAGAGGACAGAGACCCUGGCUGGCCCUUUCUGCUCACUCCAUGGUUCUUUUGUUGUGGCUCUUUUCCGGUUGUGCGCAGAGAGUGCCCUUCCUCUCGUCGUGUCGUAAUUCGGGGUUUCUUCCUGCCCUGUCAGCCCUGCUGGAGUCAGAGGGCUGACAUCACAAGUUGGCUGGGGCCCCACACCCCAUCUAGGGGAGUGCCAAGGGGGUUCUUGAGCUGACAGCACAUUGACAGAUCGGUUUGGGAGUCACCUUGGCUGGCCAGGAUGCCAUACCGAGCCCGUCUGCUCUUUGAUCUGGCCAGCUUUCUCCGGUUUGUGCAUGGGGGAAACAAAUGCCUUUGAGCAGGAGUCUGUAUUUCUGACCAGCCCUGCAGUGUGGUCUGUUGAGCGAUGCACCCAUGCCUUUAUUUAUAGGAAGCUGAAUGUAUAGUCUGUAUGUGAGUAAUUUAUUGGAAACAAGUGUAUUGUUUUCUCUGGGCUGCUGUGUACAGUGGUGAAGAUGUAUUGCUUAUAUUUAACAGAUGCAAAACCGUUUGUACAGAGAUGUCCUGCAAACUUAAA